ACCCACCGCAGCCGUUUCGACCCUGUGGGUUCUCAUCAGCAAAGCCAGGUUUGUUACAACAAACUCUGCUGCCCAUCGUGGGGUCGUUGGAGCGGCCAACAGGCCGAUGGGACGGACGAACUUGACACACGUGUGUUCUUGCGGGUACGUACUACACAAAGCACUUUGUUGUGUGUCGGGCUGGAGGAUGGGAGGAUGUAACGUGGGUUUGGGCGGUGCUACGGGAUGAGAAAAGGCGGGUCCAGACUGCGCGCAUCAGCUGUGUUGAGUCACAGCGAGGCCGGAGCGCGGGGCAGCCGGAGAGGCAGACCGCAGGGAGAGACGACGAGAGAGGGGGGGGGACAGGCGAAGGCGUCCGAGCUCACGGACUCUCUCGAGCGAGGUCCCCCUCGUCUCAUCACGACUGCCCCCCCCCACCCUACUCCUCCUCGUUCCGUCGUCUCACCUCUUCACACCACCUCCCCCCACGCCUGACAAUGUCUCGUCGCAAGCAAAGUCGACCUCGUCACAUCGAGCAUGCCCUCCUGUGCUGCACCGCGUGCGGAGGCCCCGUGGCAGGGGGGGCGAGUCCCCUCCUAUCCCCACGCCACCGCGACUUCUUCUGCCCCAACUGCCGCGAGACGGUCGGGCCCUCGAAACCCCCUUCUCCACCCGCACGCGAGGGGUCCCCUCAGUUGCCCCCGAAGGAGGAGCCUGAGGCUCACAAUUCGCCCGCCACUGCCUUCAUCAAGCAGGAGGCGGAAGAGGAGGAGAAGGCGGAAGAGGAGGAGGAGGCUCCCGACGAUGAAGCCGCUGGCAUGAGCGGUGAAGCGGAACCGGAAAGCGAAGGGGCGCUACGGAUCAAGGAAGAGGCCCCAAGUCCCAGCGAAGCCGCCGCUUCCCCCGGUCUCCGCCAUCAGAUGCCGUCGCCCCAGAACUGCCCGGCUCUGCGGGUGGCCCUGUCCCCGGGGGCCCGGGAGCGUGGCACCGCCGAGGGGGGCGCCGUCUGCGUCGUCCCCCGUGGUUCCUGGGCGGCGGCCCCGGGCAGCCGCUGCACGGGCGCCGCGCCGGGCUCCUUGGCGGCCGCCGUCUACCCCACGGGCCCCACGCACUGCGUCGAGUGCAAUAUCAGCUUCAGCAAAGUGGACAACUACAUCGUGCACAAGACGCUCUACUGCUCGUCCCGGCAGCAGCAGCACCAGCAGAAGCAGAAGCAGCAGCAGCAGCAGCAGAGGCGGCCGGAAGCAGAAGAGCGACGCAGCUCCGCUUCGGCGAUCGCGAGGGAAGCGGAGGGUGCCGGCGUCGCGUCUGCGGGCACAAGCGGAGACGCAGGUCUGCUGGCGGCGCCGACCCCUGCCGCCGUGAAGAUCGAGCGCGAGGGCUCGCACGGCAGCGGCCGCACGAUGCAGCCGAGCGUCGCUCUGCAAGACGCCGAGCGACGCCCCGACGCUGUGCGCACCAGCUGCGCCGAGUGCCGCAUCACCUUCGGCCGCCUGGAGAACUACCUCGUGCACAAGCGGCACUACUGCGCAUCCCGGCACGGCCGCGCCGGCGACAGCGCCAGCGGCGGCGCCGGCAAUGCCCCCGUCGCGCCGCAACGCCCGGGCCUCCCGGUCCCAUGGCAGCCCGGCACGAGCGGCGCGCCAGCCGGGCAGCUGCGGCGGCGGAGUCGGCGAACGCGGUGGGCCGCGGCGAGCGCUUCACCCGGCUCGUCCACGGACGGAAGUUUGGGGAGCCCCGCUCGUUCCUCCUCCUCCUCCUCCUCCUCGGGGAAGGCCUCCGAUGGAGAGGCGGCCGAAAGUCGGGAUAGCUCGCCCGCAGCCGAAGCUGCGCCGGCAGCGAAGCGCGUUUGUGUCGACCGUGCGCCUCCGCUGCCGCCGCCGCCGCCGCCGCCGCCACCGCGUCUCUCUCGGCAUCCCCUUGAUGACGCGAGCGCCGCCGCUGUCGCCGCUGUGCCGAUGGAUUUGAGCGGCCACGUCCCGCUCGGCUUCAUUCACCCGGGUCAGGCGGGCCUCAGCGACUACCACAAGUGCGCGUCCUGCCAGAUCGCAUUCAGCCGCCUCGAGAACUACCUGGCGCACAAGCGCUACUACUGCCGCGCGACGCUGCACCGCCGGCCGCCAGGCUUGCCCGCGGCGCUCUCCGAUCCGCAGCCCGCCCGUCCGCACGGCUACGGGACCCUCGACGCCGCCGCCGCCGCCACCCCCCUCCCGCGGGGUUACCAGACCCCCGGCGGAGUCCGACCACCUGACUUCUCGUCAGGGGGCGCCGGGGGCACCUCCCCAGCAUACGUGGAGAAAAAUGGAGGAGCGGGGACGCCACCAUCCCCGAGCGCCGUGACGGUGAAGAUCGAAGUCGUGGAAGAGGAGGAGGAAGAGGAGGAGGAGGAGAAAACGUCACCGGACGAUCGCCGGUCUGCGAGCGACUCUCCUGCCGGAGGGGAUGCGGAGGACUUGCCAGAUUGCCCCCCGUCGGUGGGGGGAGGCGCCGCCAGCCCAGAGCGCGCCGGGGGGGGGAGCCCGGGUGUGGCGACGGCGCCGCGUGCGACGGGCAAGCACUGCCGCUCGUGCGAUAUCCGCUUCAGCAGCCUGUCCAACUUUGUGGCGCACAAGAGGUUCUACUGCGCCUCGCACGCCGUGCAGUAGGAAUUUGGGAUCAUAGUAUGCGUCAUAUAUUUAAUUAUUGUAAUAAUGUACAGUCUAUUGUCAAUCGAGUGCUGGGUGAAGGAUUCUCCCCCCGUGCCGUGUCGGUCAUGAGUGUUAUUUAUAUAUGUACCUGCUCUGGUCAGUACGGGUUGGUGAAUGGGGAAUAACAGGACCGAUUCAAAUGUCGCUCACCAGCAAUCAAACUCAUUGGAAGAGUUUGUAGGAUAAUGCGCCAUCCACUGGCACCACCUUUCCGCCAUUGUCAUUUAAUCAUCAUCGUUAUCUAUCUGGAUGAAGGCCUCAACAAAUGCAAACACCACCUGCACACACAAGCUGAUUUCAUCCCUUCAUCUCCGUGGUGGACAUCUUUCUGGGGCGUCUUCCCUCCUGCGGCUACCACCAAAUCAUUGGUCUCGACCGUUGGUCGUCAUUCCGUCCCACAACGUGCCCUGCCCAAGCCCAUUUAUUUUUAUUGCCAUUCAAUAUAAUAUAUUUAUGUUUUUAUUUUAUUCUCGAAUCCACGUAAAUAAGUUUAGAACACUUCAUCAUGUGAAGUGCUCGAUGGGCUAAGAACCAUGCCAAGUUUGUUGUCACUGUCAUCUUGAAAUGUUACAUCAUCCCAGAUUUCAGUCGAUGACUCAUGUAGUGUAGUGUAUGAAUGCCAGUAUUGAUUCCAUAAUCAUAAUCAUCGAACCAGGGUGAAUGAAAUGAGCACAGCCUGCAUGGGGUAGCUUUUUCCUGAGGACAGACUGGGCUUCGUCAUGGUAAUGUGGAAAUUCCAACACUGGCUCGGGACUUUAAAAGGGAGAUGAAUUCCACGCAAUGCUAAUAAGAGACAAUGACCUUCAUGAAUUAUGGGAGUUUAAACAAUGUAUCUGCCAAGGUUUAGUAGUUAGACGUCCCUGUAUUCAAUAAAACAACACUCCAUACAAAACUAUAAUCGUCAUCAGCCACGGUCAAUCCACUGCUAGAUGAAGGCCUCCCCAAACCAUUGCUGACCCUCAUGGUUCUGCACUGUACCAACAACACUACCAUAUAAACAUCGAUUACAUUUUUUUAAAUUCGACAGAAAAUAAGAUGUAAGAAUAAAUAACUACAAAAUGCUGCUUUAUUGUUAAGUUCAAUAACAUUAAUGUUCUGAUUAAAUCAUUGAACCUUACCCAUUACAUAUGUAUAGGACACUACCACUCACGAUAUUGCAUGGAGUCUUGAGUGAGAGGAGUUUUUUUCUAUACAAUUUAUACUAAUUACAUGCAAAACCUAUGCUCGUGUUAUAUUUAAGUUAAUGUAGCAAACAACACUGUACAAAUAACACGGGGGAAAAACCCAAUACAAGUAAGUUGGUAAAACCAGGGGUGUGAUGAUGCAAAGAUUAUAUCGAUUUGUAAGGCUCACAGCACACGCAUUCAUCGCGUUUGUGCCUGAAAAAGUAGAUGUUUGUAAUUUAUGAAAUUAUAUGCAAAUUAUAUGCUGUUACAUUUAGGUUCAUAGAGUGAACAAGACUGUACAAACGAGAAAGAAAAAAGUUUAACGUGGGAUUUUGUAGCCAAUACAAUAAUCCAUUAUUUGUUGCUGUAGUUUUAUGCCCUACCAAGUGACCGAAAUCAAAAAGCAAAUACGGAGAUGAAAAAUAAAAUACGAAUGAGACGGUGAAAAGUGGACAAUAUAAUCAAUCGUGAACGAUAUUCUUCAUUUGGUGAUACAGUAUUUGUAAUGGUGCACAAAUACCAGACGGUUAACACAUUCGUAAAUAACAUCGCCUUAGGGCCAUUGCCCGAAACGUCACCUACUCUUUUUUUAAGGCAGUUGUAUUGAUAAAUGUGUUGGAUUCUUUUAAGAUAAUUGUGACCGCAUAUCCUCACAAUUAAUGGAAUCGCUGGCAGACACCGUGAACUUGCUAGCCUCGGUAGGUUAUAUUUUACACAAAAGCCAUUGAAAUGUGUGUUCACGGGUUACAGCUGACAGUGUACCCUGUAGGCUUCUAUGUUACCCCCGUACCUCCGGUUGGCUACGUACGGUGCGAAAGAAGUUCUACAUACACGUACAUACAUUUGCAAUAAAGCACUGCGCAAUGUGAUGCAAAGGCAUGAAACCUCACGCGUCCCACAGAUGGCGCUAUUGUUAUAACACCGAUACUUGAAUAAAAAAUACGUUGGCAGUGGUGCAUACGCACAAUUAACAACAACAAAAACUUGGCACAUCGGUCGAUAACAACACUGUCUCCAAUUACCCACAGUGAUGUAUAGACCGCAAACGGCACGAUUGUGACGAAUGCAUCGGUGCUCUCACCUUGCCUUGCAGGUCUGAUGAAUAGUCUCGUUAUUUACAGAAAGUUUUUUGUUGUUUAAAUUUAACAACACGCAUUAUGAAUUCCCGGUCAUGUUUUGAGCAUGCCAAAAGUGUUGGAAUUCACGUGCAAAGUUCACGUUUUUCUUUAAUGUAGCAACUGCCACCCACGGCCGUGACUCUAUUGUUAGUGUAACGGUGGGGUUAAAUGCAUGCCCAGUAUGAAUCGGUAAAUCCUAUUUAAAGUCACAUGAGAAGGUGCUGAGACAGGUCUCUUCCAAGGGAUACCUGGAAAAUUAUUAAAUGCAAUGACGCUCCUCUGAUCUGCUCUCCUAUUAACCGCCCUUGUUAUCAGCCGCGCCCUCUCCCCAGUGAAUCGUCCAUGAACCUUCCAAUUAACGCGUAACAUCAUCAUCAUCACGAGCCAUUGUCUAUCCACUACUGCUACCAUCCGUCUCCUGCACAAGAACGAACCCGUCGUUCCGAUUCGUGCAUCUGUUCUCUCCGUAAUCCUUAAGCGCAUUAGAUGAGUGAGCUGGAAGUGGAAUCGAAUUCGUACGAUUCAUCCACAUGCAAUGGUUUUUCCUGCACCGAAUUGACCCUGACGUAUCUCAAUAGCACGUGACUCAUCGUGCAUCCUGUUAUAUGUACUCAAGUACGGAUGAGAUGUAUACCCCCCCCCCCCCCCAAAGCUAAAAACUGUGCGGAUAAAUGCAGAUAGUUGAACACAUUUUCCCAAGUGGCAGAAAAUGUUGCCAAUUAUCUGCAUUUAUCCGCACAGCGUUUGGGAAAGAGGAGUACGGUUAAAUGUGGCUAAAAGCAUCUGUCCAUAGUGCCCUUCCCAUAUCAGCGUCGGGCGUGAAAAAUAGUCCACUACAAAGUCAUUCAGCAGUGGAGAGAGAACGUUUUAAGACAUUGAUGUCGAAUUCACAAGCACAGAUACACACGGCCAUGCUUGGGACUUUUAACACGUAAAAUGUCCCACGUAUAACGCGACGUGUGCAAUGCAUGACAUACUGUACAUAAAUUGUAUAAUAAACAUAGAUGAACGGGU